AUCUCGCAGUGCGCACGCGUAGCGAUACGUACCUACCUUGUCCCACCAGACUCUGCACGCAAACAACAGUGGUGCGCCUUGUGCCACAGGGACUAUCCAGCGAGUACGUUUUGCUCGUCGAACAGCCCUAUAUACACCCGCCGUUCUCUCAUUCAACAAGAAUCAGAAGUUGGGGUGAUCAAGCUUCCGCCGAGGAUGUGUUGCUGGCAUGCUGGUCGUCUGACGAGGCUUGUGAGAAACGCUGUGUACGUAUGCAUUGUGGGUCAGUUCAGAGCUGGGCAAAAUGCGGCUGCGAUUGCGACAGCUGUGCGUUCCAAACCGUAUUCACCU